AGCACUGGCCCUGACGUAAGCAGCUGACGCAUGCUCACCCUCCUCCAUCAUCAGCCCCCACCAUCUACAGACUGAUGGCACCCUAAGCCUUCACGCCAACAUGGAAAUAUGAACUUAGCGCUCAUAUAUUCGACAUACUUCGAAGCCAAGGAGGGAACGGCGCUACGUGGAAAGUGACCAUGGGCGGCCACGAGGACGAGGACAUGCCCUACGUGGUGGCCAACAAGCAGAAGCACGACGAGGACCUGAAAAACAAAAUAAACGACUGGUGCGAGCAGGAGUCGACAGGCAGCAAUGCCAAGUGGCUGAAGGAGGGCCAGAAUCAGCUGCGCAAAGUCAGCGAAAACCAGCAGGAGCAGGACCACAACUGCAACAUCAGCCACAAUGGAAACAGGGAGGACUUCCUGGGCCAGGAGGAGGAACGACAGGGCAACGAAGAGAAGACCAAGUCUCCGAAAAUAGCCACGACCCCCAGCCUGAGCGAGGAGGAGGCCAAGAACAUCCUCAAUGAGCCGCUUGUCAUCCACAGCCUGGACGACAAGGAGAAGGAAAGAGAAGAGGAGGAGAAGGGGGAGAAGUCAGAGGAGGAUGAGGAGACGCCUGCUGGAGGAGAGGAAGGAGCUCAAAAGGCCCAGAGAGAUGGCAUCGUCACUGGGAGGAACCCAUGCCUCCUGUUUGCCAACAUGAACGGGACGCCCAGCGAUGAAGAGUCCAACUGGCCUGCUGUGUCUCAGGAUAGCACCGCUGACGUUUCUCCCAACGGCAACAGAGAGUCCUUUUGGGACUCCAGCGCGUUUGAGACGGACACGGACCUCCCUGCCGGCUGGAUGAGGGUGCGAGAUACAUCGGGCACCUACUACUGGCACAUCCCCACUGGCACCACCCAGUGGGAGCCCCCUUCCCCGCUGGGGCAAGUGGGAGACUCCAUGUUGUCCUCCACCAUGUCCCUGGAGACCACGCCGUGUGAAGAGCCUGAGGAAUCCUGGGCUCAGUUCUCCAGUGCGGAUGAAGGAGUUGCUGAUGGGCAGCUGUGGAAGGAGGAAGGAGAGGUUACCUCCGAUCAGAGCCUGAGAGAGUUUGAAGGGGCCACGCUACGUUACGCUUCCAUCAACCUCAACUACAAUUGCACCCAGUCUGAAGAGGAAGAGAAACUUGUUCCACUCUGCACUGAUUUAGAGAGCAAGUGUUUUGCAGUGCGUUCUCUGGGCUGGGUGGAGAUGUCCGAGGAGGACAUGGCGCUGGGCAAGAGCAGCGUGGCAGUCAAUAACUGCAUCAGGCAGCUCUCCUACCACAAACACAACCUGCACGACACUGCCGGAAUUUGGGGAGAGGGUAAGGACAUGCUGAUGGUGCUGGAGAAUGACACAAUGAACUUGAUCGAUCCUCUGGGCCAGACGCUGCUGCACACGCAGCCCAUUGGCAGCAUCCGUGUGUGGGGUGUCGGCAGAGACAACGGCAGGGACUUUGCUUAUGUGGCCCGAGACAACCUGACGCAGGUCCUAAAGUGUCACGUGUUCCGCUGUGACUCGCCUGCUAAGAACAUUGCCACCACUUUGCACGAGAUGUGCUCCAAGAUAAUGAUGGAAAGAAAAGCAUCCAGGCCGGGCGUUAGUCGACUGAAUUCUGACACUGGCAAACCUUUGGGCAUCCCUGAAGAGUUUCCAGCUCCAAAAAAUGAACUUUUCCAGCGCUUCCAUGUUUAUUAUCUUGGUAGUGAGGCAGUGACAAAGCCUGUGGGUAUGGAUGUCAUCAAUGACGCUCUGGAGGCUGCCAUGGAGGGCAAAGAUAAAAACGACUGGACACCUGUUUCUGUGAAUGUGGCGCCCGCCACCCUCACAAUACUUGCAAAACAGACGGAAGAGGUGCUGUCAGAGUGCAGGGUGCGUUUCCUGUCCUUCAUGGGCGUGGGCAAGGAUGUGCGCACUUUUGCCUUCAUCAUGGCCGACGGUCCCAGAGAAUUCACCUGUCACAAGUUCUGGUGCGAGCCCAACGCAGCCAGCCUGAGCGAAGCUGUGCAGGCCGCAUGCAUGCUCCGCUACCAGAAAUGUCUUGACGCCCGUCCUCCCAGCCUGGCCUCCUGCCUGCCCACCCCUCCCGCCGACUCUGUGGCUCGUCGGGUCAGGAAGGGCGUGCAGAGUCUGCUGGGCAGCUUCAAGAGCUACAGGUCGGGCUCCCAGUCCCCCUGAGGUCACACACCAUGAAAGUCCACGCAGACAUCUCAGAGUCACUCAUGCCCUCUCUCUCAUCCUCCCGUUACGCCUUACACACUCGUCCCGUCGUGUCGUGUAGUUGCUUGCGGGAGGGGGAUAAUGUGCAACCCACUCCCUUAUUGUUUUUUACAUAUUAUUCUCUGCAUCAUUUUUAACUCCCCUCUCUUUGUAGAUGGAAUUCUGGCGUCCUUCUUUUGUUCUUUGCUAGGAUUCUUUUAUGUGGCUUGUAACUAUUUUUGUGUUUUAACAGAAACAAUACAUAAAAUGUUGGAAUGUAAAAUAAUUUACAUGCUAAAAGAUGCUAGAAUGAUGACACUAAUACCCCCCCUUUACACUUACCUGGCUAUGGUACACUGUGUAGGGUGAUAAGACACUGUAACACCUAAAUGGAGGACUUUACUUCUUCAUCACAAGGAGGAGACAAGCUUUGUUUACACAGAUGUUGUUCUCCCGAAGUCGACCAAUCUGUGCAUUGCAAUGCCUUUCGCGCCACCCUUUUAGGCCUGCUGAACGGUGGUGUAGCACAGCUCUGUUAUGUGUUAGCCUUCCGAAAACUCAAAGAAAGUAAAUCAAAUUAGCCACCGGAAAUGUACUAAUUGAUGGAAACAUGCAUAACACCUGAAAGCUGCCCAUACACUGCAUCUCUAAAACAAAAUAAGGCGGACUUGAAAACGCAGCAGGUGUAGUGAGUUGCACAAUUUGACCCAAACGCCUAGCAACAUUUCCCGUCACUGAACCUGCACAAAGCGUGCUAAAAUCACGUCAUAAUCACUCUUUGUGCUGCUGAACUCUUUGGUUCUUAGCGUAAACAUUGCCAGUUGACAGACGGGCGCCUUCUUGAUUUGUUGACAUUGGGUGACAUUUAGAAGCUAUUUGUCUCUGAAUGUUCUGAACUCCUGUUCUCAUGGCAUAGUGGAUGUAGCUCAACUUCCCAUCGGUCAAGUCAUUUUUUUCUUCUUCACACAUUUAACCCAACAGCGCCUCUGCUGGGUGCCACCUAGUACUGCACUCCUUCAAUAUAAAAUGCAAAACCACCCUUCAGCAGUCUAUGUUCAGCUUUGGUGUCUAACAUUGCACCGUGGGUGCAUGGCUAGUGUGCCCUCUAACCGUAUCCUACCCUCGAUCACCCUCCACCCCAUCUCUCUCUCUAUCUCUCUCUCGCUCUCUCAAGACAAUGUUUAUUAGUCUUCCAAAGAGGCGUCUGUCACAUGGUGCGUUGUUUCUUAUCGUUCAUUCUGCAUGAACAUUUGCAAGUUCAGUGCUCGUGUGCAAUAACCACAUGUCAUAAAUGAGAGAGCGCCAGUCGCCAUGUUGAGAAUGGUCGUGUAGUGCUAGAGAUGUAAUCGCUAAUAAAAACAAACUCCGGGUUCUAAACACACACGCAUAACCUGCUCAGUAGUGCUGUAGGAUGCAUGUUUAGUGUGAGGCGCCGUCAUUGUGUAACUUCCUGUACCUUCUCUCUGUCUGUGUGCGUGCGCGCGUGUGUGGUCAGAGGGGGCGGGCCUCGCAUGUCACUCCUAGUCGUCUUGUGUUUCUCAUCCUGAAAUAGCAGUAGAAUGUUUUAGAUAGAACCAUGAGAGCAGGUUUUGUUGUACAUAAGAUCAUUCUCUGGUGUUUACUUUCCACACACUAAAAUGUACACUUUGUUUUCCACACAGUUUAGUUUUUAUAAAGAACAAAUGACCUAUCCUGAUCUUUACAUGUACGUCGGUAAGCUAUACUGUAUGUAGCACACUAGUAGUCGUCGACACUAACGUUAAAAAAAAAAAAAAGAGGCAGUUUGUAUGACUUGUGGUCAUAUUUGACAUGCAUGUUAGCUCAAUGCAACACUGAUGCAGACGCAAUAAUGGUUUGUUUUGCGACUGGCGCAUGGAAUAGUGCAGUGACCACUUCAACUCCUACCGACUGCUUCUUUUGUGUCUAUCAAUAUAUUAGAAACACUAACAAACUAUUAGACAACUCAUGUCACAACGUCACUUUGUGCCGUUUGUUCACAGUCUUGAACAUAGCUAGCCCAUUUAAUUUAUUUCCCGCUCAUGUAAAUUAGGUGUAUAAAAUAACUAAAAAUGGAUGUAUAUAAAAAGGCACCGCACAAUAAAUGUGAACAUAUCAUCA